AUGGGCCUCCACCGCAUGGGCCUCCACACCAUCCACCACACCAUGGUCCCCCACACCAUGGACCUCCACAUCAUGGGCCUCCACCGCAUGGGCCUCCACACCAUCCACCACACCAAGGGCCUCAUCCCCAUGGAGAUCACCACCCUCCACCACCUUAAGGACAAACCCUUCCCAGGUAAGUUGGAAAAGUUGUUUAAUAUAUAUAUAAUAUUAUUGUUAUUUGUGAAUGCCAUUUCCUGAGGACGGUUAUGCAAUACUGGUAACAUUCAUCAUUUGGAACACUUGGAUUCGGGUAGCUUGUGUUAAUGAUAUAAUUCAAUGUUAGUACAAGGCUUAAAUUUCGUCUGUAACACAGGUUUAAAAUUGCUAAAAGGUUUACAUCGUAAUGAUAGUCUUUGGUUUGCAUAGUUAUCUCAACGAACAUUUCAAAUGUCACUCUUGUAGGUUAGGAACUAUAGCAAUACCCUGAUUUCACGUCCAUAAUUUUUCAUCAUUUGUAAAUGUUUUCAAGUACUAUAUCCGGUUGGAAAGUAAACGGAAAACGGGUGAUGUCAGUGAAACGUUUUCGAAACAAAAGGAACUUCUGUGUAGCGGUUGGGGUCCCUGUUUCGUUUUUUCCUCCCUUGUGUUAUCAGACCUUGUCUUUCGCCCUUUCUUGUUAUGCUUUUGGCAAGUGUUUGCACGGCUUAGGAAAAAAAAACCCGACAUUUCGCGACGCCACCAUUGAUACCAGUUUCAGGAUAGUUUUCAGGAUACGUCAAAAGUAACAACAAUAAGUCUUUCUUUUUUUUUUUUGUUUGACUCGAUAACGUCAUACUACAGUAAUUAAAACAAAAACUUUCAAACUUGUUAUGUCAUGUAGAAGUGUUUCAUAGAGCGAACUGAAGACAAACAACUGGUUGUCAUUCAUGACGCCCGCGACGUAAUAGUUGCUUAGACUCCCUAAUUUUACAAUUUUCCCAAAUCGUGAACCGACUAGUUUGCCCGUAUAACCUUGAGGAAGUAAUAACUGUCACUUGCUAAGUUAAAUUAUUGUCUUUUUUUCUUUUGUUUCAGAUAUGAAUAUUUCUGGAAGUAGCAGCAGAAGCAUCAGUGAUUAG